AUGACCCUCAACAUCUUCCGCGUUGCUGCGGAUUUCUCGCAUUUGGCGAGUAUCCUGAUCUUGUUGCACAAGAUGGUCCAGCUUAACAGCUGCUCCGGCAUUUCCUUCAAAUCACAGGCCCUUUACCUUUUCGUCUACGUAACGCGAUACCUCGACAUAUUUGCGACCGAGAGCUUGUACAACUUGGUAUUCAAGAUCAUGUUCAUUGGGUCACAGGGAUACAUCAUCUACCUCAUGACCAACGCGUACAAGCCCACCAACGACCCCAACGUCGACACCUUCCGAGUUCAGUAUCUCCUUGCAGGUGCGGCCGUUCUGGCAAUUCUGUUCCCGUACAAGUACACCUUCUCCGAAAUCAUGUGGGCCUUUUCCAUUUGGCUGGAGUCCGUCGCCAUCCUACCACAGCUCUUCAUGCUUCAGCGAACUGGCGAAGCUGAAACUAUCACAACCCACUAUCUGUUUGCCCUGGGCAGCUACCGAGCUCUGUACAUCCCCAACUGGAUCUACCGAUACUUUAUGGACACCCACUAUAAGACUGAUUGGAUUGCCAUUAUUGCCGGUAUCAUCCAGACCGUCUUGUACAGCGACUUCUUCUACGUAUAUUACACCAAGGUUCUGAAGGGCAAGAAAUUCAAGCUCCCAGUCUAA